ACAGUAUGGUGCCUAUAGUGCAAGCGGAUCGUACAUUAUUCGCUCAACUAUGUAGGCUUAUAUUAUAAAUAAAUAUUGUAGGUUUGUUUAUUUACAUAUAAUGAAGAAAUGUCUUAUUAGUAUUAAAAUAAAAACAAUGAAAAGUGACAAAGCAAGAUGUCUGAUGUGGAAAAAAAUUAUAUUAAAGAUCUUCUUUGCGAUGCACCCCGGUAUAAUAACAAUUAUCGCAAGCCAGUAAUUAGUCCACAUCAAACACGAGAUACGACAGAUUAACAACGACAGCCAUGUUUAGUCGAGCGGCGAUUGUUUUGUGCUUCUACCACCUCGCGGCCCAGAGUGCCUUUAUCCGGAAAAACGAUGAUUUUCCGGAUAGUGCGAAUCGAACGGAAAAACCGAUUUAUUCGUCAAAUUUAUUUAAUGUUACCGUUGAAGUACACAAUAGGACGUUCUUAGAUGUUAAUGGAACGAACUUGACGAAUGUCGAUGAACAAGUUGCGGAAAAAAGAAGUAGUGUGGACAAUUUGACAGUGUGGGAAAAUGUGACAAGCCCGACAGGGGUACUGCCGUUAAAGGCGAAGAAGAAUCAGAAGUUUUCUGUGGACUACCUGUUGACCCAAACGUUUCCCACGAAAACUUCUAAUGAUACUGGUUUGAACCCUUGUAAAGCUGAUGUGUUCCUGGACGAUAUAGCGAUUACAUUUGCGGACUCUCGAAGACGAUACAUUCAUAGGGAUAGCGAGGACGAUCAGGAGAAACACAAACUGAUAUCUGAGAGUGCCAAGAAGAUUUUGGAGAAGAAGAAAAUAUGGAAAUCUAGCGGAGCUAACUUUACAUUCACCAACAAUCACAGGAUACGAAAAAGGGCAGCGGCGACCACCGUAAAAGAACGCCUCUGGGACGACGGGAUUGUCCCAUAUGAAAUCGACGAGAACUGGAGCACUUUCAGGAAAGCCUUGGCGAAACAAGCGAUGAGACAUUGGGAGAAUCACACUUGUCUCAAAUUCAUCGAGAGAAACCGAACUGAAAACGUUAAUUAUGUGUUUUUUACCGAAAAACCUUGCGGAUGUUGUUCUUUCGUGGGUAAAAGAGGCAUAGGAGCGCAAGCAUUAAGCAUAGGAGAGAGCUGCGCCCGAUUCGGGAUAGUCGUGCACGAAAUAGGACAUGCGAUCGGGUACUAUCACGAGCACACCCGACCUGAUCGCGAUAACUACGUCCAAGUGUUCAAUGAGAACAUCAUGAAAGGUCAGCAAACGAAUUUCCAAAAACUACCAACGGAUCAAGUGACCUCCUUAGGACUUAAAUACGACUACGACUCCAUAAUGCAUUAUGCCAGAAAUACUUAUUCCAUUAACGUUUACCUGGAUACCAUACAGCCAGUUGGUAUUCCCCAGGGAAAGAAGGUUCCAGAAAUCGGCCAAAGAAUCGGUCUUAGUGCCGGAGACAUUCAGCAAACCCAAAUAUUAUACAAUUGUCCCAAAUGUGGAAAAACAUUUCAAGUGAAAUCCGGCACUUUCGCACCCCCUUUACCGACAUUAAACUCGGUGGAUGAGAAAACGGAGUGCGAAUGGCGGAUCAGUGCCACCCCGGGGGAAAAAAUCAUCUUAAAUGUGACUUUUAUGGAUAUUUUUAAGUCUCCCAACUGCUCCACUGAUUAUUUGGAAGUUCGUGAUGGAUACUGGAGGAAAUCCAAGUUAUUAGGAAAGUUCUGCGGUAGAGGUGAAAUCAGUGAAAUCAAAUCGGACAGCAGCAGGAUGCUCGUCACAUAUGUGGCUGAAAAUAACCGACAAACCAAAGGAUUUGUGGCUAACUUCGAAGUGGUUUGCGGUGGGGUGCUUGAAGUCACUUCUGAAGGCUAUUUGGCUUCACCAAACUAUCCAGAAGACUACCAUCCAGGGAAAAAAUGCAUCUGGAAGAUCACGGUGCCCCAAAGGUACCAAGUGGCUUUGAAAUUCAUGUCUUUCGACCUCGAACGUCACGAGGAAUGCAAAUAUGACUACGUCUCUAUUCAGAACGAUUUGGAUACGAAUUCGACGGUGGUUAACUCGUUUUGUGGAUCUGUUUUACCCGAUCAUGUGAUAUCUACGACCAAUGAGAUGACUGUGACCUUUGUUAGUGACAAAUCUAACCAACGAGGGGGCUUUUCAGCAAAAAUCAUCGCCGAAUUCAACGAAUGCGAAAAAACCGAUCACGGCUGCGAACAAAUUUGCAUCAACACACUCGGAAGUUUCAUGUGCUCCUGCCAUCCCGGCUACGAAAUUCACUCGGAUAAACGCAGUUGCGUCGACGUUUCAGAUGCUUGCGGAGGAAAGUUUACAUCCCUUAACGGAACUGUCACUUCACCGUCAUUUCCCGAAUUGUAUCCGAGGAAUAAACGAUGCGUUUGGGAGAUCGAAGCGCCACCUCAACAUGUUAUUUUCUUUAAUUUUACCCAUUUGGACUUAGAGGGUAACAAUUACGAUCAACAGCUAUGCGAGUAUGACCAAGUGAACGUCUCAGCUUUACUAGUAAACGGAAAGUACAAAGAACUCGGCUCCUUCUGUGGCACCAGAAAACCGAAAAUUAUAAACUCGGAAAGUAACAUGUUGCAAGUGUCUUUUGCCUCAGAUGAUAGCGUACAACAGACCGGAUUUGCUGCAGUAUAUUUCAUAGAUAAGGACGAAUGUGCCAUAAGAAACGGCGGGUGCGAGCACGAUUGCACCAACACGUUGGGCGGUUUUCAAUGUUCUUGUCGCACCGGGUUCAGUUUGCACGAAAACAAGAAAAACUGCAUCGAGGGUGAUUGUGUUCAUGAGAUUUUCACUCCACCUUUUGGAUCCAUCAGUAGCCCCAACUACCCCAAAUACUAUCCGGCGUCCAAAGACUGCGCAUGGCAUAUAAGAACAUUGCCCGGACAUAGGCUCAGAUUGGCUUUUAUGAAUUUUAACUUGGAGAGCCAUCCCGAGUGCUAUUUUGACUAUGUGCAGAUAUUUGAUGGAGAUUCAUCAAAAUCGCCGCAAAUCGGACGUUACUGUGGUCCUAAGGUGCCACACCUCAUAGUUUCAGCAGAGAAUCAACUCUAUAUGACGUUUAAAUCGGAUAAUAAUGUGCAUAAAAAAGGAUUUUGGGCUACUUAUUCUACUCAAUGCGGUGGAAUUUUACAAGCGAGCCAAGAAAAACGCCAGAUCUACUCGCAUUCCAAAUAUGGCAACGCCACCUACCCGGCUAUGGAGUCAUGUGACUGGUUCAUUAUCGGCAACGAUGGCUAUAACGUCAAACUGACUUUUAAAGUUUUCAUUCUGGAAAACGAGGAAGACUGCUCUUAUGACUAUUUGGAAGUGUUCGAUGGGCUGGACAGUGGAGGAAGCAGUUUUGGGAAAUUUUGUGGAAAUCAGACUUCCCAAGAGUUGACCUCCACCCAGGAAGGGAUGGUGCUAAAGUUCAGGACAGAUGACAGAAUAGCGGGACAAGGAUUCAUAUUGGAAUACGAAAUGGUCGAGAGCAGAUACAGCUUGGAGGAAUAUGACACUCUCGAUUAAUUUUGGUUUUAAAUUUAGGUGCUUAGGACUUUGUGAUAAAACAGUUUUAAAUUUAUAGGCUUUCUUGUGAGGUGUAAAAGUUUUGUAGUAUAGUUGUAAAUAAAAUAUUAUUUAAU